UCCAGCCUAAAUCAAUGGAGUCUUACACUUGGUUUCCUUCUCAAGUUUCCCUCAUCAUCUUCCUUUUAUCAUUCUCUUUAAAUUCACACUCUGCAACUUCUACUACUGCUACUACUCCGACCUUCGCUAGGAUCUAUGCCUUCGGAGACUCAUUCACUGAUACUGGAAACACCAAAUCAUCUACAGGUCCAACCAUGUUCAAGCAUGUAUCAAGCCUUCCUUAUGGAACCACUUACUUCAAGAGACCCACCAACCGUUACUCCGAUGGACGUCUUGUGAUCGACUUUGUCGCUGAAACUCUCUCCUUACCAUACUUACCACCUUACCUCGACCGGAAUAAUGCGGAUACAUCUCAUGGUGUCAACUUUGCAGUGGCCGGAUCGACGGCAAUAAAUCAUGAUUUCUUUGUAAGGAAUAACUUCUCUCAGGAUAGCAUCUUAGAGUCACUACAGACUCAACUAGUUUGGUUCGAAAAGUUCAUGAAGGAUGAGGGUUGUUGGGGAGGUAACGUUUCAUCAGUAGCAGGUGAUUGCAGAGCAGCUGAUUUUGAUGAUACGCUGUUUUGGGUUGGAGAGAUUGGAGUAAACGAUUACGCGUACCUUAUUGGAUCUCUUGUGCCGACCAGCACAAUCCAACGGCUUGCCAUUGACAGCAUCACCAGAUUUUUACAGGAGUUGCUCAAGCAGGGGGCCAAGUACAUAGUAGUUCAAGGUCUGCCAUCGGCGGGAUGUCUGUCUUUACCAAUGACAUUUGCUCCGUUCAAUGACAGAGACGACAUUGGCUGUGUGGGGAGCAUAAAUCAAGUGGCUCAAAAGCACAACUCAAAGCUUCAAGCCAAGCUUCAGGAUCUAAGGAAACAGUAUCCUCAUGCAGCCAUUGCUUACGCAGAUUAUUACAGAGCUUAUGGUGAGGUAAUGAAGAACACUCGCAAGUAUGGAUUCCAGGAGCCCUUCAAAGCUUGUUGUGGCUCUGGUGGUGGACCUUACAACUUCGACUUACUUGCUACAUGUGGGUCACCACCAGCCUCAAAAGCUUGUGCAAACCCUAAUCAGUUCAUCAACUGGGAUGGAGUCCACCUCACAGAAGCCAUGUACAGGGUGGUUGCUGACUUGUUCCUCCAUGGUGGGUUUUGUCAUCCAUCAUUCAUGGACUUGCAGAGUAACAAAAGCCUUGGGACCUGAC